GCCGAGGCCAAAGUUCAACAAGCUGCAGAAAGAUGAUGGAGAGCCCUAGCCCUAGCCCUCAGAACAAGUCAGUGCAGGGGGCAGGUAGGAGAGGGAGAGGCUUCCCUGAGCUACGACACAAGCAGCUCAAGGAGCAAGCGGUGGCCUUCUACUCUGAGCACAAGGUGCAGGAUGCGCUGGAGGGACUGCUCAAUGAGAUGUUUCUGUCUGACCCGAGGGAUGUGUAUGGCUAUAUGUCUGACUACUUCCGUGGUCUAUCAAAAGACCCUGUCAUCUCCUCUCUCUCAGUGUAUGAGGAGCUGGACUCCUCUGGGGAGAAGGCUCUCAACCUGGAGCUCUACUGCACUGUCCGGGGGAAGGACAAGCUUGUCAGUAACACCAGCUUGUCUCUGGAAAUGUACGACUUGUCAGUGGAGGCCCAGCCAGUACCACCUCCACCCAAGUCCCCGAGAGGUACUCCACGCAAUAAGUCUCCACGCAGUAGGGCCUCCCGCGGUGGGACCCCCAGCCGUAAAACCCCCGUUAAGUCAAAUCUGGACCCUGGGGAGUUGACUAGUAGCCAUGCAUCCACCGCCUCUAGUGUACCCACUACUGUGCUAAGUGCUGCCAAGACAGUUAACGAUUAUAUUAGCCCUGCAGUCAAAGGGCUCUCCCCUUUUCUACAGAAUGAGGUAGACACUACACUGGCUGCUAUCACAACUGAAGAUGGCAGCUUACACCCCAGUGCUCUAUUGGCAGCCUCUUAUGCUGCAGGUAUAGCUGGGGCCCGUCUCACAAACACACCCCUCUACCUACACCUAGCCAAGACAUGUCGCCCCCCUUCCCCAUCAUCACAACCUGACACAACGUUCAAGAGAGCCCCUGGUGAAGCAUACAGGUUCACCAUGCCCCUACCGGUAGUGGGGGUGUUGUCUGGAGGGCAGUCUGGCUGUGGGAAGUGCAGGUUCAGGGAAUUCUGUCUCUCUCCAUUACCUGGAGCACCCUUCCCUGAGCAAAUACAAAUGAUCGUUGCCGUGCACAAAGAACUGGGAAAGUGUCUCACUGGAAAGUAUGGGGGUUCAGGACAAGGCAGGUUAUUGUCAGGGUCAUACUGUCCCACACUGGACAAACCCGAGCAGGGAUUGGACUUUAUUCGAGAUGCGGCUCGUAACGCCGGCUUUGAGUUGAACCAAGGAAUGGGCGUGAUUGUGGAUGUGGGAGCUGACACACUCUACAAUGAAGAGAAGGGAAAGUAUGAGCUGAUAGCUGGACAGUGGAAGAGCUCUGAUGAUGUCAUCACUAUCUAUGCCAACCUGUUGCGCUCCUACCCAGGCCUGCUAGGCUAUGUGGACCCCUUGCAUCAUACAGAUGUGGAUGGCUGGAAGAAGCUUCAGGAGAGACUGGGGGACAACUGUCUCCUCAUUGCAGACCAGACUUUGAAGAAAGGCCUGCCUAUCAGCGAACAAAAACCAGAGACCAUUCUAACGGACACACCAGACGACACUAACCCAGUUGUUCUCCCAGACAAACCCUCUGUUAACUAUCUGUCCUGUGGUGCAUUGACCCUGGAGGCUACUAUCUCCCAGACACUGGCAAAGGCCACCCACAUUAAAGGGCACAGCUAUUAUGUAAUGCUGAGGGUUCCGCCCAACUCCACAGUGAGCACUCUGCCUGCUGACAUGGCAGUUGCUAUGAUGUGUCGGUUCCUAAGGAUGGGUGGUCCUAAUGGACUGACUAGCUGUGGACUGCUCUCUCGGUUGCUUAGAAUCAGAGAAGAGCUCGUCUCAAAAAAGUUGCACGACCCAGCAGGAGCUCUUGUGUUCACAAGCAUGCCUCCAGGUGUGGACACUGUAUACGAGUAGUUGUCAAUCAACAAAAACUUCAGAUCAUUUGCCAUUUUAUCCUUUGUGUCACAGUUAGUUAAAGGCUUGUCAUCACUUACCGGUAUUGUUUUAAUUGUUGUGCAUUGCAAAAAAUUAAUGUUGAUUUACACAAUAAAAACAAUAACAC